UUUUUCAGAAACCAUGGUCAGAUAUAGUUUUAUAUUCAAACAACAGUCAUCAUGGGCCUUACUUUUCUUUAUUUUUGCACCAAUUGAAUCUAACUCAAUCAUUUGUGAACACUCUAUCAGCACGAUUGUAUUCGUUGAUGACUGUCCGCGAUCAUUGAAAGAAUGGACGAAAGCAUCGGGCAGAAAACGGUGCCACAACAUUCCUCAAAACUGUACGUCUCCAGAUCAGUUCCAGUAUCACUGUCUUCUGGAUCCAAAUAACCAACGACUGUUUGAAAUAUGUGCUACAAGACGAAUAAUGACAGGUCAGUUCUGUCCAAAGUUCAAUAUCCAUCGUUUCCGGCUCGAAAAUAACUAUGGAUGUCCAUGUGUGAAUGGAACACCGUCAUGUCCAUAUCACUACAGAUCCACGGACGUCUACAAAUGUGGGUAUUGCAGUUUGGAUUCACAUGGUUUCACCACAAUAAACAUACAUGUACUAGGAGGCAAUACUUCUAAGACAACAAAGGGAAUGCAUAACGAGUAA